AUGGCGCCCGAUCUCAACUCUGUUCCUCCAUCCCCGCGACCACUAGCCUCAUCCCCGCGUCUCCGCUCGCGAACUACCUCAAGACGAGCAUCACAGCAGGCUAUUCCCCCAGCAUCGCCCUCAUUAAACGUCCUCCCUUCUAAUCAGAGUACCGUCAGCCACACAACCACCUCACCUCCGUUGGCGUCGCCAAAUAUGGCAGGAACUAGUACAAUUACCGGGGGGUUUCUUGCGGGGGACAAUACGGGCGUUGGAGCUGGACCUGGUCCUUUGAGGCAUCCUCAACCUCUGACCGCAGCAGAUUUGCACCUUCAAUUAGAGAAGGAGCAGGAAGCAGUCGUUAAUCGCCUAACCCGUGAACUCUCUAUGCUUCGAGCAGCACAAAACGCCUCUGUCGUCUCCAACACAUCCUCCACCUCCGCCGGCCUCCCUGAUAAUGCUGACCAUAACGCAAAUCACCUCCUCUCCGGUCCAAACCACCCGGUACCCUCUCAGCGACGACAUCAUCGUACCUCUUCCAGCACAAGCACACGCAGCGUCACAGCAGGCAUUAACACCGUCGGCGGAAUCACCUCAACUGCAGACCGAACACGCGGCUCCAUCCCACGACAUGACUCUAUCCCCCAACCUUCCUCUCAGUCUCUCAGUCGCCAAAACUCCACAACGGGCUCUCGCCGCAGUGGCACAAGCUCCCCAACCCUCCUCAACUCCACCCAAUCCUCCUACCAUCAUCCGGAUCAAUUUCCAUACCAUUAUCACCAACACCAACAGCGACCAAGUCUCUCACAAUACCGCGAGCCCUCCUAUUCAUCAUCAAGCAAUAUCCCUGGCCUCCUCAAUUCCACUUCAGAGUCCAUAACAAGCGUGCCUACAACCGGCCGGUACGAAGAAACAGCCUAUCACCGCCACGAGCUGGAAGCUGUGAAGCGCGAGAACGAAGCAUUGAAACGUAGGAUUCGCGAACUGGAACUCACAUUGAGAGCGAGGAGGCAGAGUGAUGCUAGUCGGACGAGAAGUGAGAGUGUGAGUACGACGGCAAGCGUGAGAGAGCCUGCCAACCGUAGGGGAAGGGAGAGGGCAACGGAUGAAGAAGACGGAGUCAGGGUUGGCGAGAGUGCCAGGAGUGCUGGAGUUCCCAGAUGA